AUGUUCAACCUCAUCGCAGAAACCACGUCAGCCGUAAAACAAGCCGCGGGAGUAGGGUCGUUGACGGUUAGGUCGCAAGUCGCGGAGCAGCCGAAAGAGGCAGGCCAAACUCAAGGGUUGCAGGAAAGCCACGAGGAGCAUCCGGACGAGGUAGCCGCCCAAGGCGCUGUGCAGGAAGGGCCGAAAACGGUUCAACCUAAGAAAACAAAGAAGGUCACCAUCGCUAAGACAACAACCAGGAAGAUUGCGACACGCUCGUCAUUGAAGGCCCCAGAGGAAGAAGGGGAGGAGAUUGAGAUAGGAGUCGAAAGGGACGGAAAGGAGCGAGCAAGGGGAAAGGAUGUAGGAUUAGGGAUAUGGGAGUUACCAGAGGGAGGAGCCAAGGAGGGGGCGGGAAAAUCAAAAACAGGUAAGCGAUUUAAUCAAUUGGAGGGCUGGUUUGAGGAGGGUCGGUAG